AGGGGCGGGGCUCGGUGUGUAUGGCCGCCUGCAGGGUGUAUACAGGACAUCCGGGGACCCGCUGCCAUGGAGAGCUGUGACUGUGCGGUGUGACACCUUCCAUCAUCACUAUGCGGGGCACGGAGGAGCAGCAGAGGAUGAUAGUGGAGGAGAUGUUGGACAAUGAAGAUCAUGCUCAGGUGGAGAACUUAAAAAAGACCCUGAAAGCACAACGCCAGAGAAGGAAGAAACCGCUGGAAGACAAUGCUGGAGAUGCCGCGGAUGGCGUGGAAGAUAUCGGGAACGUUGCACGCGGGCAGCGCAGUUUGCCCCCGCUAAAUCCUUCUAUGACGAAGUCCAUUUCUGUGGAGUCUUCUAUGAGGGAGCGAAUGAGAGAAAAACUGAAAGCUGGAAGGUCCAAAGCUGAAAGUAUCCUCCAGCAGGAGUCCCCGGGUGUUUCACCAAGAACCUUCACCAGAUCUAAACCAGCAGAUACUGUUACAAAAUUCGAUGAAGAGCAAGACGUUGAAGCACAGCUGCAGUCCAGAGUAAAGUUCCGUGAUGCCGUCAGGACAGUUCAGGAAUCUCAUGUCCCCGAUGGAGCUCCCACUGCAGAUAAAUCGUACAAUUUCUUCACGUUUAAUUUUGAUCCCGAUCCAGAAACAGAUGAAGGAAAGGAACAGGAGAAAAAGGUGGAGGCCCCAAAGGAUGAUGCGGGAGAGUCUAGCUCUAGAGUGGAAGAAGAGGAGGCAGAGGAAGGAGAAGAAGGAAUGGGAGAAGACAAGUCCUUGGUUCCAGAGGAUGCUCUGUUUCUCAUAGAGCAGACAGCGCGUGACUUCAUAGAGAUUACUGCAGCUGAAUACGAAGGUUAUCACAACCGGCUACAGAAAGAAAAAGACCUCCUGUUUAUACCGAGCCUGCGACAAGUGCCACUGUCCCAGAAGCUCCCCGACAAUAUGCAGCCCAGGUAUUUAGAAGAUGAGGGCCUAUAUGUUGGUGUGAGGCCAGAAGUCUCCCGGACCAAUCAGAACAUUCUGGAGAACAGGAUACUGCAGCAAGAUGAGGGAAAGAAAUGGUUUGGUGAUGAUGGAAACAUUUUAGCAUUGCCUAAUCCUAUAAAAACUUCAACCACAAGACCGCCUAUAUUUACUCUGCAUGAAGGCUUAGACCCAGCACUGGAGACCCUUUAUUUAAAGGCAAUUCCAUCUAAGAAAUCCAGCCAAUACAUGGUGGGAACUGGGGGACUACUGGGAGAGUUUCAGCUGGACAUAGACAUUUCCGGAAUUGUGUUUACCCAUCAUCCCCUUUUCAGUAGGGAGCAUGUCCUAGCCAACAAGCUGAGCCAGCUAUAUGAUCAGUAUCUGGGGAGGAAGCAGAAGAACCUGGCCAAGCUCCUGACAGACAAGUUGCAUGCACUAAGGAAUGCUGUACAGAACAUUUCUGCAGGAGGAACCCACGGCUCCAGCACUAAAACAGAACAAAGUAUUCAUGAAUAUAAGCUGGACAUCAGGCAAACAAGAAAAUUCCGAGAUGCAGAGCAAGAAAAAGACCGAACGAUUCUAAAGUCCCUCAUAAAAGUUUGGAAAGAGAUAAAGUCUUUGCGCGAAUUUCAAAAGUUCAACAACACACCAGUGAAACUCUACUUGCGAAAGGAAGAAGUUAAUAAAAAAGCUGAUGAAGAAGCUUAUGAAGCUGAAAUUCAAUCUGAAGUCAAUGAACUAAUGGAAGAAUAUAUGGAGGAAUAUGAAAAGAACCUAAAGCAAUACAGAGAUGGCCUAAAGCAAUGGAAGUCAUGGAAGAAGACCCAGAAACGGAAAAGUAAGAAGGAAGGCAUGGAACAAAAUGAUGAAACUGAGGUUGAGUAUAUGGUAGACGAGCCAACUAAACCUUCCAUGCCCACACAAAUAGACAGGCAUGAUGUGGAGGUACAAGUUCGAGAUAAGGCGUCAAACAUCAGGAGAAGACCUGGAGAGCCAAUCCUCAACCCUGAACUAAGCCUGUCGGGAAAUGUCACCCCGGAUAACGCAUGCCCAAGGGGAGAAGUUGUGAGACGUGAGGAUAUACUGAAGCAUUCUUUGUUCAUAAAGAUUCUUUUCAACAAUAAAGAAGUUUCCAGAACUGUGACAGUCCGGCUGGGGCAUGACUUCCGAGUCCACAUGGGGCAAAUAUUUAACCUGCAGAUCUUUAAUUGGCCUGAGAGCAUAAAAUUACAGAUACAUGAAACUGCUGGAUAUUUGGGAACAACGCUGCUGGCUGAGGCUUUCCUACCUAUCCCUGAGACCACAAUGCUGACUGGGAGCGCUCCUGUGGAGGAAGUGGAGUUCAGCAGUAACCAUAGAGUCAUGUAUGACCAUGAAGGUGUUGGCAGUGAUGUGCCAUUUUCUUUUGAAGCUGAUGGAAGUAAUAAGAUGGCUCUGAUGACUUCUGGGAAAGUGUCCUACUGUGUGUCCUGGGCGGUUGGGGAAAAUGGAGUGCCAUUGGUUCCUUCUGUGUCACAGCAAAAGAAUGCUCUUCAACGAGCUUUACAUAACAUAGACGCUGUAUCCUCUAUCGGAGCUUCUGGACUGACUGAUAUGAAGAAAUUAGCCAAGUGGGCGGUUGAAUCAAAGCUCGAUCCUAAUGAUCCCAACAAUUCAGCUCUCAUGCAGCUCAUAACGAUGGCGAGUGGUGGGGACGCCAAAGUGCCCGAGUUCUUCCGCCUGGAGCAAUUGCAGAAGGAGUUUAAUUUUGUGUCGGAUGAAGAGCUGAAAAGAUCAAAGAGGUUCAGACUUCUGCAGCUCCGUAACCAGGAAGUGGCCGAUUUUCGCAAUUACAAAAUGGUGCCUAUAAAGGAACGUGAGAUCCCAGACAGGGUAUUUGUGGAUUAUGAGAAGAAGUUACGGGAUCAAGAUAUAAAUACUGCAGAAACUCAUCUAGAUGCACAUCGGAUUCGGGUUGCCAAGUAUCUUCAUAAGAUCCGGGAAUCUGUGAUAAACCGGUUCCUGAUAGCGAAACAUCAUUUUAUUCUAUCUGACUUGGUUGUCGAAGAGGAAAUCCCCAGCCUUGGGAUUCUAGGAAUGGACCUCUUCAAGCUAGCUGAGCCAAAACGUCCACUAAAGCCAAGGAGAAAGGAGAGGAAGAAGGUGACUGCUCAGAAUCUUUCUGAUGGGGAUAUCAAGGUCUUGGUGAAUGUGAUCCGUGCGUAUGACAUUCCAGUUAGGAAACCGACAUCCAGCAAACCAACACAGCCAUCCAGAUCGACAAGGUCAUUUAAUGAGAUGUUCACAACCACAGCUUCCCCUCAGGGGCAGGCCCCAUCUCCAGAGUGGUCAGUUAAUCAGGUCCUGGUGCGGCCAUAUGUAGAAGUUUCAUUUCAGCGUACUGUAUGCCAAACCUCAACAGCCGAUGGACCAAAUCCAAACUGGAAUGAAGAACUGGAGCUGCCAUUUAGGGCUCCUAAUGGUGAUUACAGCACAACUAGUUUACAGUCAGUGAAAGACGAUGUUUUCAUCAAUGUGUUUGAUGAAGUCUGCUUUGAUAUUUUAGAGGAUGAUCGGGAGAGAGGAAGUGGCAUUCAUACACGAGUCGAGAGACACUGGCUUGGAUCGAUCCGAAUUCCAUUUACCACAAUUUAUUUCCAGUCCAGAAUUGAUGGAACAUUCCGGAUUGACACGCCCCCAGUGCUUUUAGGAUACAGUAAACAGCGCAACGUGGGAAAUGAUGGAGGCUAUGAAUCAGUCCGAAGCCUGAGCCAAGGUUCCUUCCUAACCCUCUUUAUUACCAUUGAGCCUCAGCUUGUACCUGGAGAGCCCAUCAGGGAAAAGUUUGACAGCAGAGAAGAAGAGAAGUUACUUCAAGCUGCCGAGAAAUUCCAGAGUGAAGCCGCUUUAAAAUUCCCGAAGCGGCAGUGCCUGACCACCGUCACAGACAUUAAUGGAAGUACAGUCUUCAUCACUCGAUACAUCAAGGCCUUACAACCUUCACAGGAACUUCUAGAAGCCAACCCCAAUAAUGUACAAGCAACAUCAGAACUGGUGUCUCGCUAUGUAUCCCUUAUACCCUUCCUACCGGACAAUGUGUCAUUCGCAGGGAUUUGCAAUUUAUGGAGCACGUCAGAUCAAUUCCUUGACCUCCUGGCGGGCGAUGAAGAGGAACAUGCAGUUCUGCUGUGUAACUAUUUCCUGGCGAUGGGGAAGAAGGCGUGGCUUAUCAUCGGAAAUGCCAUUCCAGAGGGUCCCACUGCUUAUGUACUAACACUGGAGCAGAACCAGUACAUCAUAUGGAAUCCAAGCAAUGGCUGCUUUUAUGGUCAGUAUGACACCUUCUGUCCGCUGCAAAGUGUCGGCUGCCUGAUCAACGCAGAAAAUAUCUGGUUUAAUACACAGCAAUAUGAUGUUCCGAUGAGCAUGAGCUUUGAUACGGGCCGAUCCAACCAGUGGAAAGCCUUCUUCUCACGAAGUUAUCCAAAUCCAGGAUUGGUCAGUGUGCAGCCAGAAGAACUAAUAUAUCAUCGCACAGAUAAGGCUGCUGCAUCGGAACUUCAAGACAGGAUUGAGAAACUGCUGAAAGAGAAGAUUAUGGAAUGGCGGCCGAGACAUCCUACUCGCUGGAACAGAUACUGCACAUCUACUCUGAGACACUUCCUGCCAUUACUAGAACAAAACUACGGCAAAGAUGUGGAGGAGGACCACCGGGCGGAACUGCAGAGACAACUAGGAGAUUACAGGUUUUCCGGCUUCCCAAUAAACAUGGCCUUCUCAGAAGUGACCCCUCUCAUAGAAGCUGUGUACAGCACCGGAGUCCAUAACAACGCAGUGCCCAAUGUGGAGUUUGCUCUGGCUGUGUAUGUUCACCCCUAUCCUAAGAAUGUCUACUCCAUCUGGAUAUAUGUUGCAUCUCUGAUUCGAAACAGAUGAUGGAAAAAUUGGACUAUUACAACUAUGUAAACAUAGGCUGUCAUCACAAAUGGAAAUAUAUCAUCUAACAUGCUC